ACGCCACAGUCAGCUCUCAGGAAAGUGUCAGACACUCACAUCAGAGCACAUUUACAUUGAGUUACAAUGAGCAACAAUAGCACCUGUUCAACUUAUGAAGUGGACAAGCUCGUACAGUCAUUGGAGCUGGCCAUCUACGUGCCCAUCUUUGUGUUUGGCAUCAUCCUAAAUGCCAUUGCGAUUUGUGUGUUCUGCUUUGUUUUUAAAAAAUGGACUGAAUCCACCAUCUACAUGAUCAACUUGGCAGUAAUGGAUCUGCUCUUGUUGCUUCAGCUGCCCUUUAAGAUGCACGCGACAAACAACGAGUGGUCAGCAAACAAAAAACAUUUCUGCUCUUUCCUGGAAAGCCUGUAUUUCAUGGCCAUGUAUGGGAGCAUUUACAUUAUCAUGUUCAUAUCUAUGGAUCGCUACAUAGGCAUAUGCCUCCCAUUCCACGCAAAGAACCUGCGUUCCAAGAAAAAUGUACGGAUUGUGUGUUUGGUAAUUUGGGUGUUUGUGAUAGCAGUGACUGCUCCAGUUUACACAUUCCAUGAAGAGGAUGAAAAGAGGAAUGAUUUCCACUGCUUCCAUGGCUUUUCAAAUAAAGCAUGGCACCCGGUGCUUAUUGUAUGUUUGGAAGUAUUUGGCUUCCUGCUGCCUGCUCUUGUGCUAAUAUAUUGCUCAGCAAAGUGUAUCCAUACCCUGCGUAAUCCAAACUUCACAAAAACUCGUGACAAACAAUCUGGUGUCUGGGUCAUUUACAGCAGCCUGUGUGCAUUCCUGGUGCCCUUCACACCAUGCCAUAUUGCAAUCUUUCUCCAAUUCCUGGUGCACAGAUCUAUCAUCUCUGAGUGUGACGUCAUGAGAAAGAUCUCCCUGUUUUUACAGUUGUCUCUGCACCUGGCCAAUAUAACAUGCUGCCUGGACGCCAUAUUCUACUACUUUGUAGCCAAAGAGGUACGGGCAAGUAAGGACAGAUUUAGGAUGUCCAUCACUAGGAUUAGAAGUGUGAGUGCCUCAGACGCUUAAGACACUUAUGAAAGAAAGUGUGGAAUUUUUUUGUUGUGGAUUGUUAAAACAUGAUCAUGUUUACUAAGACUCAUUAUUGUUACAGUAAUCUGUGUAAUUUAGUGUGCCUCAGAGGCAGAAGAUAAAUGGUCAGUUUACAAAAAUGACUUUUAGAAAGAAGCUGCCAUGGAUCGUUUGAUUAAGUGUGGAGGUUGGCAAGCUGAAGACAGACUUUAGUGUUGGGUUAACAAAAACAGUGAUGCUUAUCAAGACACAUUUACUCAUUUUUAACUCCUCUGUUUUAUAUACGGUAUACCUCAGAUGUGUAAGAUAGAAAAAGGAUUCUAGUCUGAGUCACCUCGGCAGGCUGUCAAAGGUGGUUCUCACGCAAACAGGAGCGUGCCGAGCUGAACAGAGAGUUCAGAAAUGAGUUUUCAGAAGUUCGUGAGAUUUAUCUUGACCAAUUACUUAUAGCACCAUUUUGUUAAACUAAUCUGUUUUAUAUACUGUGUGUCAUAGGGACAUGAACUCUGUUCAUGAGAAGUUUAAUAUAUAUUCAGCAAUAAAUAUUUAAUUGGGGAAAGGGCUGAGAAUCACAGAGGAUACCGCUACCAGCCUUCUUUAGCUGGGUGAAGGAGUGGGCACAGGCAGCAUGCCUGGCAGUUUCAUUCUGCCUCAGAAAUGUUUCUCUUUCUGCAACAAUUCACAUGCUUACUGUACAUCAUAUCCUAUAGAAAAGCAUUAUUUAAAAGUAAAGCUUGUUAUUUCUUGUGUUUUUCUAAUAUAAAUUUUAUCUGUUUAAUAUAGUCUUGUCUUUUUUUAUUAUUAUUAUUACAUUUGAGGUGUGAUAUGUAUGUAAAAUAGAGUAUUAGGGUAAUACCUAAGCAGUAACAGAAUAAUAAUUUGUGUAACCUUUUUCUUUAAUAUUUUUGUUGCUGGAUAAUAAUUUUCAAAGAUCUCUUCACAUAAUGGUAACAUUUAUGGUGAGAUUUUUUUAUUUUUUAUUUUUUUUUAGGUCUUAGCGGCACUGACAAUAAUUGUUUUACAACCAAGUAAUCAAACGUUUUACGGGAAUUAAAACUAUAAAAGCA